UCUCCUCAAUGCGCAUGCGCCAUGGUUUGGCGUUUUCAGUGUAAAUAUGGGGGAUGGCGAGAGAUCUUCACAAUAAAAUACAGAGUUUAGGGCAAAGACUAAAAGAAGAAAACAACUCGAAGGGACCUAAACUCCUAGAUGUAGAUAACGAGGACUUAUCUGUGCCGACAAGGCCAUUGCUGGAUCUAAAAAUAUCCGCCGGCCACCGAAAACAGCGACCAGGGAAGCUCUCCUUCCAGGGUCCACUUAGCCCACUCAAAAAGUCGCUUCAUCAUCAGAAGCAUAAGGAUGAUGACAGCGCUCACAUUGAAAAGAAAUUAAAGGAAAUCAAGCAACAAACUGGAAUUCUUAAACUUGGAGACAAGAAGUAUGACUUCAGCCUUGAUGACCUUGAGAUGUCGGGUGAGAUUGGGUAUGGGACGUGUGGCCAGGUCUGUAAAAUGAAGCACAAGAAAUCAGGGCAGGUUUUAGCUGUAAAGAGAAUGGCCCGUAGUCAUAACAAGGAGGAACAGAAGAGAAUUCUAAUGGAUCUGGAGGUUGUGAUGAAAAGCCAUGACUGCCCUUAUAUCGUCACCUGUAUGGGGGCGUUGAUAUCAAAGUCUGAUGUGUUCAUUUGUAUGGAGCUGAUGGCUACUUGCUUAGACAAGCUACUCAAGAGGUUACAAAACCCCAUUCCUGAGCACAUCCUGGGCAAAAUGGCAGUUGCAAUUGUCAAAGCAUUGCAUUAUCUUAAAGAAGAACAUGGAGUAAUGCACAGAGAUGUAAAGCCAUCCAACAUGCUGCUAGACUCAGCAGGAUGUGUGAAGCUGUGUGAUUUCAGCAUCAGUGGACGGCUGGUGGACUCCAAGGCAAAGACUAAGAGCGCAGGAUGUGCAGCUUACAUGGCUCCUGAACGGAUUGACCCCCCUGAUCCAAUGAAUCCUAAUUAUGACGUCCGUGCGGAUGUCUGGAGCCUAGGCAUAUCUCUGGUUGAGCUUGCUACAGGAGAGUUCCCUUACAGGAACUGCACAACAGAGUUUGAAGUUCUCACUAGAGUGAUGGGCGAGGACCCUCCAUCCCUGCCAGGCAGCAAGGGGUUCUCCCAUGAUUUCUCCUCCUUUGUUGAUGAGUGUUUGACAAAAGACUUCCAUUAUCGCCCCAAAUACAACAAAUUAUUGGUUCAUCCAUUUAUUACCUCUUAUGACUCUAAAGAGGUGGAUGUGGCAGGAUGGCUUAAAGAAUCUCUUGCUAGCUAGUACUUUGAAGCUCUCUUGUAAGGCAUCAACUCAACCUUCCCUUAAUGCACUUUAUUUUUUUUUUUUUACAUUAGGGACCAGUCAUUAUUUAUCUAUGGGGGGGGGCUGGGUAAUUUUCCAGUCAAAGGUGAAACUUUUGUCAAAGCCCCCCCUUAAUUGAAGAAAAUUGCAGAUAGCCCCCCCUCCGUAUUAUAAUUUUAAAAGAUGACGCCCCCCCCCCAAAAAAAAUGGGGCACCUGAGACCUACCUAAUAAAGAACGAAAUCAGCAAAUCUUGAAUUUUGUGUAGUUUUUCGGCCACUUCUAGAUGUAAGUACCUCUGCAGAGCCACCUUCCUCAUCGCCAUCGCAAUCACUUCUAUCACUGUCACUGUCACUGCUGCUGUCACACAAAACGAGGUCUUCAUCACUGUCACUUUCAAUUUCACUAUCUUCAGAACCAAAUUGUUGAUCAAAAUCUGCUACAGGUUGAUCAUCAGGCACAGCUCUUCUAUCCUGAUUGUAGUAGUGAACGGUAAUGCGCCUGAUUUUGUCCUUUUUCUUCCCUGUCUUUGAAGGUUAUAAUGGAUCAAAUACUUAUCAAGUUCUGAAACGACAAGUGAUGGCAGCUUGCCAUUCUCAAUAAGUUCCUGCCAGUUGUAAUCAGAAACCUCCUUCUUUUUUCGUUCUUGCCUUGCAUCUUUGCGUUGCUUUUCCCGGAUUUUGGAGAUGGUUUCCAAUGACGAUAGAUGUUCUAAAUAGGAUCUGACAUAUUUUUCGUCAACAAUAAAUGCCUGGGAAAAUUUCUUGAUUUCUUCAUUGUCUUCGAGGGACAAUUUCUUUUGCUCAAAUAACUUCUUAAUGUUAGCUCUUGGCUGCCAGUCAUCUGGACCACGAUCAUUUCCCUUGCUGUCUGUGAGUGAUUGUUAUUGAUACAAUAACAAAUGCCAAGUCUAAGCUUAUCAGUAUUGGAGUAACCUAUAAGUCAUUAUCUUCCGUAAGCUUAAAGAAAAAGUCAAGUCUUGCAAAGAGAAGAAGAAAAGAAAAUGCUUGCAAAGCCAAAAAAAGAAAAAGGAAAAGAGAAGACACUGCAAUGCAUAAACUGAUUGUCAAGCUUACAGAUGAGUUUACCUAUACUCUCUGCUUCCCUGAUGGAUAUAAUGUAGCCUUACAAAGUCAACAUGCUGUGUGCGAGGAUGAGAUUAACACUGAGGCCUUAGGACUGUUGAAGAGUUGUGACAUCAUGAAGUUAGACCUUCUAUUCAAUCAGGGCUUUUUUGCGCUCGAUGCACUUGCAAUAAUAGGGCAGACCAUUGCCGCACUUUAAUAAGAUGAUGUUCACUCUUUUUGUUGAAAAUGUUGUUGUUUUACAGAAAAUUAUUGAUAAAUGUCAUGAUAUUCAAAUGGUAUUUUCAUAAAUUGUCAAUUCUUUAUCCUACAUAACAUCUCAUCUAACUGGUUUUCAAUAUAACAACUCUUUGAAAAAUCAUGCUGAUUAACAAGAUGGCCCCCCCUGUUUAUUGUACCUAAAAUACAAUGACCCCCCCUCUUUGCUAAUUUAAAAUGGCCUUGACCCCCCCUUUUUUUCUCCCAGCCCCCCCUAUAGAUAAAUAAUGACUGGUCCCUUAGCAGAAUGUUCUGAAUAUUCUAUACAUUUAAAGACAUUUUGUAAUCUUGAAGACUUCCUAUUACCCUGGGUACCAGAGGCUCCGAGCUUCGCAGUGACAACAAUAAUCGUUGAUAAUUCUUCCUAUCCAUUAGGCUGUCAAUGUAAAAGAGAACAUACAGCUUAUUGAAAAGGCUGUCCACCUGAUGCAUGUAUAAAAAAUCAAGUCACAGAGUGUUACAGUGUAAAGCACAGAGAUUUAGGUAUGCAACAAUUUUGCAUAGAAAGUGAGUAUAAGAUUAUGGCAUAACAAUUUUUUAGGUGGACAACCUUUUCAAUAUCCUAUUCCUCUCAGGGGCGUAGCCAGGUUUAUUUCAUUGGGCCAGGGCCCAAAGCGAUUUCUCAAGAACUUCUGCUUCCAACUGAGUCAUAACGACUAAGAUGUAAUAGAGAUUGUAACGACUAAGAUGUAAUAGCUUACUGGCCCAGAAAGCGGGGGGGGGGGGGGGGGGGGGCACCCCCUUGGCUAUGCCCCUGCUCCGCAUUUGUAUUUCAUUUUGCAAAUAAUAUAGCCUGCCUUAUCGAAAUCAACUCCAGUGGCAGAUCCAGUGGUGGUGUAACCCACCUAACUAAAAAAUUUGAUGCAUGAAAGCUAAAUCCAUAGAUAAUCAGAUUCUUCCCACUGCACUUUUGUAUGUAUUGGCUUGUUGCUCCACCUGAAAAAUCCUGGAUCCGCCCCUGGAACAUUUGUAAAUUUAUUUCGAUUAUUAUCAAGUGGCCUCGAGACUGUUGUAAUUCUAUUAGAAUAUUAUAUAAAAUAAAGAUUCAAUCAAGA